UCUGUUCACAAAUUCUCUUUCCCGCAAGUUCCGACAGCAAUGGUAUCGAUUACGGAAAUCGAAGUUCCCAAAUGCCCCAAACCGUAUUUAGGAGGAUAUCGUAACACGAAAACGAACAUAGAGUAUUUGAAUGCAGCUUCGCAGACCGCACCGAGAUUCGUGAAGCGUGGAAAUGCGGAAACUCGUGAAGUUCAACACGUUGAAAAGGCGGAAGUUGGUACACAACCAGUUCGUCAAAAUGCGACGCAGACGUGGAGGAAGGAUUUUUAUAUUCAGAACUGUACAGACGUUUAUAAAAGCGCGAAAACUUACGAGUCUAACGAGCAAAUGGUCAAACGCAGAGGUCUCGAUGGCCAGGCACGCGUUAUCCAGAAAGCUUAUCGUGCCUAUCGCUUGAUGAAGUACAUUAAAGAGUGCUCUAAAGAAUACCGGAAAAGAUUGGAAGAUUGCAAAAAAUUGGAAAUCGAAAGGAUCGAAACUCUCCGGCAACGUCACCAGACCGAUAUAAUACGACAAACAUUUCCACGCGCUCGAGGGGAUUUCGACAAAUUGUACAAUUUGAUCGAUCGUUGGCGGACUUCCCGUCUGGAAAUGGCGAAAAAUCGGUUUUUUUCUGGAGCACGGAAAGCCGAGAGCUGUCGCAUCCUCGAAAAAAUGACGGAAAUGUUGAAAUCGCUGGAGGAACAUCGACGUUUCGUUUAUUUAGAGAAACAGGAAAAAAAGCGCAUACGUUUUUUGGCGAAACACUGCAAACCUAUAAAAUGGCAUGGCUAUAAAGCCAAAAAAGUUGAAAUGAUAACACUGAGAAUACAAAAAGCUCGGGAGUACAAAAAUAUCAACGAGAAUUUGACGAGGAACGAUAAAAGUGUGGAGGAGCGAAUUGAAUUUUUGAUUCUUCUUAAAAAUGCGUUGAUCGAUCACAGCUGCGAACCCGUUCAACAUUUCCUGCAUCUGAUCGAUCAGGAAAUUGCACUCAUUUCAAGUGGCGUUCACAACAAGUGGCUGAAUAAUUUACGUCAAAGGAUUUCUAUUGCAUUUCUAAAAUUCGUCGCCGAAUCAGGAGAUUGCACUUGCACGACUGAAGCCGAGGAUCGAUCGAACUCGGAGUUUUCGGAGUCGGGAACGACGAAGAAAUUGGUGUGCAAAAGUUGCUUGAAAAUUAUGCCAUUCACGAGUUUCUCAGCGCACGUAAGAAUGCGAAAAGUUUCGUGUUGUCUCAGUUGUACGUGGCUCCGUCAACAGAAUAUCGACAAAUUGGAUUACGACCCCUACACUUUCAUGCUCAACGGAAUCCGGGCGGACGAACAAAGACGCAAUUGUUACUCGAGUUUGCUUUACGUAAUGCAGGAGCCCGGAGUUUAUCAUCUCGUAAACAACAUUUGGCACGGUCAUUCGAUAGUGAGCGAAACCGAGGACAUUUACAACCUGCGAUUGGUCCGUUUCAACAUCGCGGAGGAGUGGUCCCCGUGGAAUUGUAUUUUGCUCACGACCGAGGAAGCCGAGACUCAUUACUUCGUCAAAAACUUUGAGACUUUUUACUCGAAGCGUUUGCUCCACAGAAUUCAUCUCGCUCAUCAAAUUGCCAAGUCUCAUUUCAAAGAAUUAAUCAAGUUUGAAAAAAAUUUCCGAGUCUCUUCUCGAUACUACAUGAUCCAGGACCGAGAAGAUUACGUCCCAUCGGAAUCCCUCGCAUAGGAAAAUUUCCAGGCACCGGGAAAAUGUUGCGAUGCUUUCCUGCCCAGGAAACUGUUAAAAUUGUAUUUUACAAUCGACGAAUAAAACGCCUCGCGUUUUCAGUAUUUUAUAAUCCAUAAAAAGGAGCGUUUCCUCGCUCCUGUUUCUGAGGAAUGGAAUGAAAAAUGUACUGAAUCGUUAAUGAGAUUGAAAUUUCUGUAGACUGGUAGCCUCGCCAUGAAGUGGGUCACAGCGAAAAUGGUGAAUCACGAGCAAGCGAUUCUGCUGCAGUUUCUGUAAAUUCGCGACAGUAUUAAAGAAAAAUGAAUGUUCAGGUA